CCGAUCCUCCUGAUCCACCCUCGCCUUACGAGACUCUUUCAGAGCAGCUCGCGCCACCUUUCGCCAGCUAGCCAUGGCCGCCGCACGGACCUACGUCGACUUCGUGCCGUCGCACGACCUCGUCGAGGACGCCGCCAAGCAGACCUUCGUCGUCAACCUCCCCGGGUUCAAGAAGGAGCACCUGAGGGUGCAGAUCGACAACUACGGCCGGCUGAGGGUCAGCGGCGAGCGGCCGCUCGAGGGCGGCCAGUGGAGCCGCUUCCGCAAGGAGUUCCAGGUCCCCGAGGGCUGCAACGCCGGCGGCAUCCGCGCCAGGUUCGAGAAGGACGGCGUCCUCCACGUCAUCAUGCCCAGGCUCACGCCCCUCGAGGACGCCCCAAAGUCAGCGGCAGACCACGAGGCGGAAGCUGCGCGGCACGCCGCUGCCGCAGAAGAGAAGAAGCGCCACGAGGAGAUGGAGGAGGACGCUAGGAAGCGUCGUGCGGGUGACGAGGACGACUACGCCAGCGACGACGGGGAAGGCGCACGCCAGCCGGCGUCUGCCGGCCGGCAGGCGUACGGCUUCGCCAGGGACCGGAGAAGGAGUGGGAUGGUGAGGGCACUGCUCCUCGCCGUGGCGGUGGCCUUGGUUGGCGUUGCUGGCCUGUAUGCUCGGUACAGGUGGAUGGACCCGUCGGCUGAGGCGGCGCCGGCAGAUGGUGCCACCGUCGGCCUCUCUGACUAUUGAUCACCAGCACCAAGCAUUCAUUCACACCGCUGAAGAUAAGAUCAUUCGGUAAAGAAAAACAGUGGACAAGAUACGGGACUGACUACACGAGCUGCCUGAAAUACUACGUGUAAAUAUGAUCUCACUACUGUAACUUAUACACACUAAUAAGCUUGCACGUGCAAUGCACGUCUCAUUUGACUUAAAAGUUUGAAUAUGCAAAGCUUCAGUAAAUUCCAAUCCACA